AUGUCGAGCGAGAAGAGCAAAGAUGUCUCGAAUACACAGACGACAGAGAUAGAAGAUCAAAGUCUCCCGAAACUCAGCCCUCAAGACCAUAAAAUCUACAACCGCCUCUCGGAACGCAUGGACAUGUUCCACGAACACUUUCGCCAAACUUGGACAACACUGUUCACCGCAUGCAGCACCGGCCGCCGGCCCUCCGGAAUGUCCAUCCGCCAAUUUCUCUCCCUAGGCGACUCUUUCUGUCGCAUGCUCGAAAUGCACCACGGGAUUGAAGAACAGCACAUCUUCCCCCUUCUCGCGCGGAAAAUGCCGCAAUUCCAGAAGUCGCAUGAGCUGUUGACGCAGCAUGUUGUCAUCCACAAAGGACUGGAUGAGUUAGAUGCGUAUCUUGUGGCGUGCAAGACCGGGGAGAGGGAGCUGAGGCUGGAGGAGAUGAAAGGGGUCAUGGAUGGAUUCGGGACGGUGUUGUGGGAGCAUAUGGAUGAUGAAGUGAGGGCGUUAAGUGCGGAGAAUAUGAGCCAAUUCUGGACGAGGGAGGAGAUGGCAAGGUUGCCGAUCUGA